CCGUGUAAACAGAAUGCGGCUCUCCCGUGGGCAGCGGGCACAUUGCUGUGUGGGGAGGGGAGGAUGCAUCGCGCUGCCGUGUGACUGACUGCCUCUCUACCUACCCCGAGAGUGAGGCUGUGUGCAGGGCAGGGCAGUCCCCUCCCCCGGAUGUGUGCAUGUUGGUACGCUCUUCCAGGCUGUGCUAGGAUUCGGGGCUGUGCGGGCACCCGGCGGGCGCUGUGAGUUUCACUUGUGGAGGACAUGCCGACACAGAGGGACAGCACCAUGUCCCAGCCCGCUGAUCACUCCCACCAAGUCCGGGUCAAGGCGUACUUCAAAGGAGACAUCAUGAUUACCCAUUUUGACCCCACCAUCACCUUUGAUGGGCUUUGUACCGAGGUGAAGGAGAUGUGCGCCUUUGACAAUGAGCAGCUCUUCACAAUGAAGUGGAUUGAUGAAGAAGGAGACCCAUGCACUGUGUCCUCACAGCUUGAGCUAGAAGAAGCUUUCCGGUUGUAUGAACUGAAUAAAGAUUCCGAGCUGCUAAUUCACGUCUUUCCCUGUACACCUGAGAGGCCUGGCAUGCCCUGCCUAGGAGAGGACAAGUCCAUCUAUCGACGCGGAGCAAGAAGGUGGCGAAAACUAUACUGUGCAAAUGGACAUACCUUCCAAGCCAAGAGAUUUAACAGACGAGCACACUGUGCCAUCUGCACUGACCGAAUAUGGGGGCUAGGACGGCAAGGUUACAAGUGUAUCAACUGCAAGCUGCUGGUUCAUAAGAAAUGCCACAAACUUGUUAGCAUUGAAUGUGGGCGACACACGAUAGCAGAACCAAUUAUACCUAUGGAUACACCAAGCAUGAAUCCACAAGUUGAUCAAGAAUCCACCUAUAGGCAUAGGAGCCAGAAUAGUAUAGACCAGGAUGGUGAAGAGAAAGAGGCCAGGAACAGCAGGGACAGCGAGAAGCCCCCCUCCAGCCUUGGAUUGCAAGAUUUUGACCUGCUCCGAGUUAUUGGAAGAGGAAGCUAUGCCAAGGUCCUAUUGGUGAAGUUAAAAAAGACAGAGCGUAUCUAUGCAAUGAAGGUGGUGAAAAAAGAACUCGUUAAUGAUGAUGAGGAUAUCGACUGGGUUCAAACAGAGAAGCACGUGUUUGAACAAGCCUCAAACCACCCUUUCCUUGUCGGGCUGCACUCAUGUUUCCAAACAGAAAGCAGACUCUUCUUCGUUAUUGAAUAUGUAAACGGAGGAGAUUUGAUGUUUCACAUGCAGCGUCAAAGGAAACUUCCAGAAGAACAUGCCAGGUUUUACUCUGCAGAAAUCAGUCUGGCAUUAAACUACCUCCACGAGCGAGGCAUUAUUUAUAGAGAUUUAAAGCUGGACAACGUCUUAUUGGAUUCUGAAGGGCACAUAAAGCUUACGGACUAUGGCAUGUGCAAGGAAGGUCUACGGCCAGGAGACACGACUAGUACGUUCUGUGGUACACCAAACUACAUUGCCCCUGAAAUCCUGCGUGGAGAAGAUUAUGGUUUCAGUGUGGACUGGUGGGCACUAGGUGUCUUGAUGUUUGAGAUGAUGGCCGGUCGGUCUCCGUUUGACAUUGUGGGGAGUUCAGACAAUCCAGACCAAAACACUGAGGAUUUCCUUUUUCAAGUUAUUCUUGAAAAACAGAUUCGUAUACCCAGAUCUUUGUCCGUGAAAGCAGCAAGUGUUCUCAAAAGCUUUCUGAAUAAGGAACCAAAGGAUCGCCUUGGCUGCCACCCGCAGACGGGAUUCGCUGAUAUCCAGGGACACCAGUUCUUUCGCAAUGUUGACUGGGAUCUGAUGGAGCAGAAACAAGUGGUUCCACCCUUCAAACCUAACAUAUGUGGAGAAUUUGGUUUGGAUAAUUUUGAUGCGCAGUUCACCAAUGAGCCUGUUCAACUCACGCCUGACGAUGAGGAUGUGGUGAGAAAGAUUGACCAGUCAGAAUUUGAGGGUUUUGAAUACAUCAACCCGCUUUUAAUGUCAGCAGAAGAAUGUGUAUGAUGGACGCUACAGUUCUGUACGUUGCUGCUGCCACUGCAGUGCCUGGGCCUCUUUCUAUUGCACAUAGACCAUCACUGUACUGGCACCCAGCCUGACAUAUGGCCGGGCACUACUGUACACCAAGGAAUUUCUGUCUCCCUGUUACUAUAAUGCCAUGUAUUUAUCAUAUGGACAUAAACCGUGAACAUUUUCACACAGUAUAAGCAGGAUGUGAAUACAUUUUUUCCAUUUGCUUUCUUUCUUAUAUGUCUUGUUGCUUAUAGAAGUAUUGGAUACUUCUUCAUUUUGUUCAGGACCUGAAUGUAAUGGCAUUUCACCUUCCUUUGGAAUGAAGCUGAAUGGUCUCUCAGAUGAGAUUGAACGCCAACAAAUAUGGCGACAUGCCAGCAAUAAUGUGUCCUUCAGCGAGGUUGAUCCAUUUCUGCUUCUAGCCUACUAAAUGGGGUAUAUAUAACAUUGGGUGUCGGAAACUGAGAAAUCUGAGUAUUUCAUCAGUGAUUCAGUCCUGGGCUUUAUAAUUUUGUAGUCUGUUGGAAAUGACCCGCCGUGUCUCCAAGCCGGUAUUGUCAUAUGUAAUACGUGGGGGUUGUGCAUCAUAUGACUAGUUCAGUCUGCUAGGUAAGGCUUGCAUAUGUCAUUCUAUUCCAUGUCAGUGGUUGAUAAAGGGAACACUAGUAGGAAAGUGAGUUUACUGUAAAUGUAUAUUGGUGCCAAAUUCACUACUGAUGUAUUAUUUUGUGGCAGACAUGCUGCAUGCCUUUCUUAAGUGAGCUUAUUAUAUAAAUGGCUAUGUUUUCUUCUGCGAGAUCAGCUUAUAAACUGCGUUGCUACGUUUUUAUAGUGUUCCUAGAGAUAGUAUAUACUAAUUGCAUUCAUUCACCCGUUUUCAUCUGUGCUUCAAUUUUUACAUUAGGCUGAGAUAACAGAAGCUUUUGAGAUUCUGGCUCUACAAUGAUGCUGUGUGUUAGCUCAGAGGCCUGGCGAUUCCGGGGUUUGCAUACAUUGGCUAUCCUGUGUAUCACUGAUGGAGAAUGCAAGCUAUGUCCGCAUCAUUACUGUGCACAGCAUGUUAGAUUUCUGGUCUCUGACUACUUGGGGGGAGGGAAGUAUUCCCAUCAAACAUGGUAUUUUCUCUAUUUUAAUCUGUCAGAUUUCCAACAGAAGUGUUAAUGAGUUUCCCUAAAUAGUGCCACAGUUCCUAGACGUGUGCGGCAUGCUGACUUCAUUAAUGCAGCAUUAAUAAACAUGCUUGGUACAUGACGAGCUCUCUUUUGUUUGCUUGGUCAGACAGCCUGACAAGAUAUUGAUUGUGAUGUGUUAGGUUAGGGAUGGCUGCCAAGUAUAUAAGAUGUUCAGAGGAAAGCGGUGGUAAAUUGCACCUUCCAUGUUGGGUAUGGGGGUGUGCCGCUUUGCAGUCCUCCAGUACUACAUUUAAAAUGGGAUUAUUUCACCAUUUAUUGACCUUGUUGAUUUUACUCUAAGUAGCUUUACAUUUCACGCCGAGCACUCAACGUCUAAUGCAGUGACACUGAAGAUCUCAUCUGUCACUGAGGGUGAUAAAAUUCUUGCAGCAUGUGGAUAACCUUUUUUAAGAAGCCUCAAUCAUCUAACAUACGGAUGCCCAACCUGUGGCCCUCAAGCUGCUGCAAAACUACAACUCCCAGAAUGCCUGGACAUCCUACAGCAGGACAUGGUGGGAGUUGUAGUUUUACAACAGCUGGAGAGUCCGCAGGUUAAGCAUCCCUGAUCUAACAUAUGGGAGGUAAAUAGGAAUGAGCGAAACAUCCGAAGUCAAUUCGCAUAAAACUUUGUUUCAAUACUCUACGGAGCGAGCGAUCCGUACAGUAUUAGAAUGUAUUGGCUUUGAUGAGCCGAAGUUAUUACUUCGCGAAGUCUCGCGAGACUUCGCAUAAUGACUUCAGAAAUUGAGUUAUACUGUAAAAAAAAAAAACAACUUUUCUCGAACUCUGGUUUGGUUCUAAGGUAUAUUCGCUCAUCCCUAGAGGUAAACGUGAGCAUUAUCACAGAUUUAAUGUCCGCCCUUUUUAUAGUUGUAUGAUGCACUGCAACGCAUGCAAGCCCUUUAAAACGCCUCUCACAGAGUAGACCUGAGGGACCUUUGACACCCAUGAGAUCCAGCAUAUUUAUGAGCCUUUCAAUCCAUGCCAGAUAUCGCCAACAGAUGCCUGUAUGUUAAUGGAAUGAUGUUAUUGAUGAUCUUGCUCUCUUCAUAAUUUUUCUUCCUUUUUUAUUCUUUUAUAUUUUAAGUGUCUUUGCUCCCUUUUGUCGUGUUUUUUUUUAUAAUACUUGAUAUAGAAUGUAUGUGGGAACAUCAGUUUAUUUUUUAUUUUUAUUCUAUUGUACAAAAAAUAAUUUGUGUGCAAGUAAUGAGAUCCCUAUUCUAAGUCCCACUUUCCCCCCCUCCAAUAGUCUAUUGGUUCAUAGACUUUAGCCAGCCAUAGCAAAAAUAGCUGUUAGUAGGGCACAGUCGAGAAUAUGACAGAAUACUUUAUGCAAUGCUCUUCCUCCUGUCAAAUCAGACGAAACUUGAGAACGACAUUCCAAAAUCAUACUUUGACAAAUAUGAUAGAGCUUAACACCAAAGGCAAGCGUUGUCGCUCCAUUUUGGCUCCCCAGUAAGAGUAUUGCACAGUCCUAAAAUAAAUAUUUUAUUUUUUUCGUAAAUUCUGCAGAGCUUAGUUAUAGCUUGUGGAUAAGAUCUAAGUCUUGGUUUUCAGGGCAGGUAACCAUUUUAUUUUUCUUCCACCGACUGAUGAGAGCACCGGACUCCUGGGUAUAAUAGACAUAUAGGUAGAUCUUGCAUAGUGUGAUAUAUUUAGAUGUUAUGUACCGGUAAGUUGUACCACGUAGCAUUGUCUGCAUGUUGAAACGCAGCAUAUGACAUGAGAUGUAACUGAAGUUUGGCUUUCUUUUAAUAAAAUGUUUAUAUGAAGUCUGAACUUGCGCAUUCAUAAAAACUGCACAAUUGUGCCAGCUGAA